AUGUUUGGCAGCUCCAUGUUUGAAUCUUCACUGCCAGCAAGACGUGAUGCACGUCUCAAAGAAGCCAAAUCAAAUGUGAAACGAGUGUCUCGGGAUCUUGGACGAGACAGGAACGAUGUAGAACGAACUGAACGAGCAUUGCUUGGCCAGAUCAGAAUGCUAGUCCAACGGGGUGAAAUCCCACGUGCUAGAAUCAUUGCUUCUCAAGUAGCCCAUUAUCGCAUGCUCGCAGACAGGAAUUUCGGUGCCGCAGCCAUGAUUCAAACACGAGCUCAAGUAGCUGCCUCCAACCACAAAAUCAAUCGCGCUGAAAUCGAUGCUCUAAAGUGCAUGAGCUACUCCAACUUUGAAGAGAGUCUGACAACAGUUCAACGCCGAGAGGCUAAAUACGCUGAAAGAAUGGAGAUGUUUGAGACUAUGGAGUCCAUCAUGAAUGAAGGCAUGGAUGAGAUUUACGGUGAACCUGAAGUGUCACGAAAAGCAGGCGCCAAUGAAAAGCUUAGUGGAACUUUCGAUGGACCGAAUACACCAUCCUUUGACCGAGAGAUUGAUGCCGUUAUAAGACAAGCCAUUGAACCUGGUCUUAGACGAGAAUAUAUUGGAUCUGGAAAGGCAUCUGACGACAGAAAAUCAGUCCAGGUCAAAGCAUACACUCCCGAUUUCGACGAAUUCGCACCCUCUUGCACCGUAUCAAUCCCGACACUAGACAUUUCCACAUCCAUGUUGACGCAUCUUAUUCGAAGUGAUGCUGUCUGUAUCAAAUCUCUUGGACUUGGAACCCACUCGAGGGCAAACUAUGAUGCUGCUUUAGGUACAGCGAAGGGACUGAGAGUUGGAGUGCUGUUGGGACGUAGAUGGGUACCGCUUGCGCCUGAUGCUAGUUUACGAGAAUCUGGGAUUAGUGAGGGUGGUGUGGUUUAUGUUGAAGUUAUUGGGGGCCCCACUAGUCUGUAA